CGUACCCAAGCGGCGGAGUCGGCACCUCCUCCGAUCAGUCCCGCUCGCUCGCUCUUCGCAGUCGCGCUGCGGCUGCCGCUGCUCCCGGCCGUGCGUACUAAUUGCCCGGAGCCGCUUAACCAAGGAGAGCCUGGCGCAACCGGCCGGGCCCGCGGGCAUCAGCUGCGCGUUUCGCUCCGGACUCAGCGACCCCGCUGCCUCCGGCGCUGUCUCGAUGUUCCAACUGCCUAUCUUGAAUUUCAGUCCCCAGCAAGUGGCCGGGGUAUGCGAGACUCUGGAGGAGAGCGGCGACGUGGAGCGCCUGGGUCGCUUCCUCUGGUCGCUGCCUGUGGCCCCGGCGGCCUGUGAGGCGCUCAACAAGAAUGAAUCGGUGCUGCGCGCGCGAGCUAUCGUGGCCUUUCACGGCGGCAACUACCGCGAGCUCUACCAUAUCCUGGAAAAUCACAAGUUCACCAAGGAGUCGCAUGCCAAACUGCAGGCGCUGUGGCUCGAAGCGCAUUACCAGGAAGCAGAGAAGCUGCGUGGACGGCCCUUGGGGCCAGUGGACAAGUACCGCGUGAGGAAGAAGUUCCCGCUGCCGCGCACCAUUUGGGACGGCGAACAGAAGACACACUGCUUCAAGGAGCGUACGCGGCACCUGCUACGGGAAUGGUACCUGCAGGACCCAUACCCUAACCCCAGCAAAAAGCGUGAGCUUGCCCAGGCAACCGGACUGACCCCUACGCAGGUGGGCAACUGGUUCAAAAACCGCCGACAAAGGGACCGGGCGGCUGCAGCCAAGAACAGACUUCAGCAGCAGGUCCUGUCGCAGGGCUCCAGCCGGGCGCUAAGGCCCGAGGAAGAGGGCACGCCCGAGGUGCUGGGCGCCGCCGCCAGCCCGGCCGCCAGCCUAUCCAGCAAGGCAGCCACUUCGGCCAUCUCCAUCACGUCCAGCGAUAGCGAGUGCGACAUCUGAGCGGCCCAUCCAGCACGCUCAGAAACAAUUCGGUGUGUUAAAAAAAAAAAAAAUGAGACAAACAAAAUGAAGGAGAGAGAAGGUGAUGAGAGACCAAGCAAUGCAGCGCAUGCAAUCCAGGUGGCCAAGGACCCGCAGCCUGGCGGGCUGCCGAGUCCACCCCGCGGCCUGACCCGCUCCACCCGGGCCCUCCGGCCGCUACCAGAGGCCCGCGGUGAGGCCUGACCCAGCUCCAGGUUCUCCUUGCUUUGCUUUUUCCCCAAGGAUUUUACUGCAAAGAUGCCUCCGGAACCCGAACUCCAAAGCUGAACGCCUCCCCUGAAUCUCCCGUGGGUAUUUCACGUGAAAGGACGCUGUUAUAUAUGUAUAACUUUUGCUUUAAAGUUUUUUUUUAAAAAAAGCAAAACAUAUAUAUGUUGUUUAUUUACUUAUUUAAGAGACUGCCAGGGUAAGUUUCUUUGUAUCUCCAGAGAACUUGAUGUUACUAAAGGCACAGGGUGGAGCCGAUGGGUUCUGUGUGAAGAAGCCAAACAAUAAAAACCUGGUGAGCAACCUCUCCUAACUAAGGGAGCUGCUCUCAUUCCAAAAAGAAAA